AUGGAUGGCACUAGUUUUGACCUGACAGAGCAUGAAGGUUCAAAUUUGUCACCAUUUCUACGCAAACUUUUUAACGAGUGGGACGAUCGCAAGAUGAGAGGCUUGUUUCACCAUGACAUCAGUUCCUGUGAAACAAAGGUGCUACCUGGAGAACACAAUUUUGUGGCAACAUUAAUUGAAGGACGUGACCAAAAGAAACGGCCAACUGAGUUCACAAUGAACCAAGUCCUCCAGCCAUUUGUCAGUGAGAAGUUUAAUUUCACAAAAGUUAGCCCAUUGGAGGUGAUGUUUAGAUUCAAUGAAACUGAGAAAGACUCUGCACAAUAUUUUGAUGGUGUUCCUGAUACUGUUUCAGCUUCUUCUAGUGCCAUCUUGAUUAAUGUGAGUCCAAUUGGCUACUGCCAUGUCCUUUUGACUCCCAAGAUCCAGGACUGUUUACAGCAGAGGAUUGAUCAAGAGAGCUUUUUAAUAGCCAUGUAUAUUGCAAGAGAGGAAAGGAAUCCCUUCUUCAGAGUUGGUUAUAACAGCCUGGCGGCUUUGCAACUAUCAAUCACCUUCACUUCCAGUGUGACAAUUGACAAGUGUUCGUACAUUACAAUCCUCUCAGCAAGUCAUAUACUGGCAUUUUGUUCAUUAGGCAUACUACCUGAAAUCAAUGGCUUUUUGUUCGAAGGUGGUGCAAGCCUGGAAGAUUUGUCGGAUGUGGUAUCCAAAGUGUGCAUCUUUUUGCAAGAGAACAACAGACUUUUCAAUGUCCUCAACUCUGAAUCUGGCAAGAGAGUUUUCCUCCUACCACAGUGCUAUGCGGAGAAGCAGCUCCUUGGAAAGGCGAGCCAAGAGUUCCUCGACAUGAGAAUCAAUCCAGCAAUCUGGGAGCUCAGUGGCCAUUUGGUGCUGAAGAGGAGGAAGGACUACGACGAAGCCUCUGAGGCAAACAUAUGCAGAUUUCUGGUUGAAGCGGCUCUUUCUGAAACAGAAUUUCAGGAGUUGAAUCGAUGCGUGCUCGACUUCCUGACCAGGCUCCCUUGGUUGUAA